AUGGGUCGAAGUAAUACAAAGUUGCCUUUGGAACUAAUAAAGAAUGAGAAGUCUCGCAAUGUCACUUUUCGAAAGAGGAAGAAGGGAUUGAUGAAGAAGACGUAUGAAUUGAACAAGCUUUGUGAUGUGCAGUGUUCUGUUAUCAUUUAUGAGAACAAAAACGGCCAACUGGUCCGGCCGGAUACCUAUCCUGAAAACCCUGAAGAGGUCAAGCAAAUUAUUGAUAGAUUUGUCUCCAAAUCAGCCAAAGCCUUGUUUCCAAACAACAACGUAGACUAUUCUCAAAUGGUUGCAUUGAACCAAUACCUUACUAGUGGUUCGAUGAUGUACACAAGUGAUAGCUCUUUGCCUGAAGAGCAAACUAAUCUCCAAGCCUUGUUUCAGAACAAUCUAAUCAAUUUUCACCAGAAUUACAAUUACGGUUCGAUCAUGACGAACGGCAGAAACGGCAUGCCAUGGCAGAGCUACAGCAUUCAGAGUGCUCCCUCAGCAUCAAACGGAUCAAAUUAUGACGAACAAAGUACAUCUAUGAAGUGUGAAAAUCAUCUGCAAUACGGAAACAUCAAUGAAAAUUUGACAGUAUGUAAUCACGUCCCGCCGCAGCAGACUGUGUAUCCAAUGUCCGCAAGUUAUUUGUUUGAUAAUGCCAACCAAUUCUUGCAUCUCAAAGGCUAG